CAUAUGUUCCAGCUCUAUCUCAUGUCCUGUUCAGACUGAAAGAGAAUCUGAAAUCAUAAGUUCUGUAUUAGACACUGAGAACAUGGAUUUACCCAAUGGUGAUUUGAAGAAAGAAAUUGCGAUCAAGGACAAAAGUGUCUGCGUAACAUUCUCAACAAAAGACAUCAAACUUUUGAGGAACAGUGCCAACAUGAUCAUGGAUCAUAUACCUCUCAUCAAAGAAACAAUAAGUCGCUUUGGACCACCACUUGAUGUAGACAACUCAGCGCAGUGACAUCAUGCAUUCAUCAAAUCUGUGUUAAAUUCAAGCGUUACCUCCGAGUGAACUAAUUUAUUACUUUAUUUUGUAAUUAUUCGAUUCAGGGCAAGUGCAUGAAAGGAAUCUUUUUCUUGAAACAAAACUAUACAACGAAAGGUUUAGUUGGUUGAUUGCAUGCUGUCAACUCUGUUUUGCCUGGAAAAAUCUAUUCUUAUCUUCAUUUUUUAAUGUAAUUUCAAGUCUUCAGGGAGGCGGUAUCUGUCUAGUCCUUUAAAGAUGCCUGAAAGCACACCCACUCCUACCCCUAGCCGAGCAAACUAUGGUUUUGCUCUUUAUUUGGCUUCUUAUUCAGCUUUUGGAAUUUUUUUAGUUUGGGCAAUAGUACCCGAUAGUUAUUUACAUGCUCUUGGGUUAACGUACCUACCUCAAAAAUAUUGGGCUCUCGCUCUUCCCAUCCAUCUAUGCAACACGCUGGCUCUAUUCGCCUUUGUUUUUUAUCCUGCAUUGAAUUUGAUGCUUGUUCCGGAUCCAAAUGAUAUGAGAGUUAUAACGGACUCUUACGCUUUAAAACCUCGAGGAGCACCUAAGCAAGGUGGAAUACCGUCUGUGUCUGACAUACCUAUUAGUGAAGUUUGCAAGCAAUUGUAUUCUGGUGAUGGUGAACCAGAAAGAAUCAAUGUAAGGAGACCUAAAAAAAGACAAGGCGUUUUGUAAUUUAUUAUCUAAGCUUAGGGUUAUUUUUAAAGCUAAGUUUUGUACCUUUUGAGUGUAAAUAAAUAGUUCGUUUUUUAUAA